AAUAGGAGGACAGCAAGCCAGCCUGAGGACCUCAUGGAGGACGUGCUUGGCAAACUGGAUGGACAGAAAAACAAAUACAGUUUAUUUAUGGCAAGGGUGGGGGGAAUUAUUUAAGUUGACCUUGGACACAAUUUAACCGAGUAAUUAAACAAUUUUUCCUUACACGCAAAUAUGAUCAAAGGUCCAUUUGGAUCCUUUUAUUUUCUCCCGUUUGACAGGCAAAUCUCAGGUCCCGUGAGGUGAGAAUAAGCCUCACUUUUUUGUUCUUUGCUGUUUGUCGCUUCAGAUGACAGGAAGUUAAAAAGCUCUCGCCGGAAGCAGGCGUUGAGGAAAGCACUCCAGGAAGUUGACGAGGAUCCCGAUGAGAUGGAAGAGAGCGAAGAUGAGAUUCCAGAAGAAACAACUUUGCGGAAGAACGGAACCCGAGGUAGAAAAAUUGGACCUGCAUCCAUGUGUGAACGUUGCUUUCAAUGCAGUGAAUGCUAACAUGUUUAGCAUCAAGUUGCACAUCGACUCCCCCCUCACUCACCAUAAGUUUGGCUCUGCUAACACUCCCCUGAUCGCCAGUCGUUCCCUUUACGAGUUCAUUCCAACUACAGAACUUCCUAUCCGAGACGAAGUGUUGCGCUCCGCCCUGCGAGAAGAACUGAGCACCAUCAACGAGAAAACCGAGGCCAAGCGGAUCGCCCGUAUCGCCCUCGCCGAAAUCGAAAUCCUCCUGGCCGACCGAGACCAAGGCGAGGAGACGGCCUGGCAACUCAAGAUGAAGACGCUGGAGGUCACCCAGGAGCAGCUCAAGCUGGAGAAGGAGAGGAUAGGGCUGGAGAAGGAAAGGGUGGAGGUGGAGAAAAGGAAGAUGGAGGUGGAGAGAGAACGGAUGAAGUGGGAGAAGGCUGAGAGGGAAAGGAUGGAGCGGGAGGACGUGGAGAAAGAGCAAAGGGAGCAGGAAAGGAUGGAGCGGGAGAAGGAAAGGAUUGAGUGGGAGAAGGCCAAGAGGGAAAGGAUGGAGUGGGAAAAGGCUGAGCGGGACAGGAUGGAGACGGAGAAGGCGGCGCAAGAGCGACUUGCGUUACAGAAAGCAAAGCAAGAGCGGGAACAGCUCGAAAAGAAGGAGAGGGAGCGCGUGCUUCGGGAACAAGAGGCCGCCAAGGAAAGGGAAGAGCGGGAACGCUUGGCCAGAGAGAAGAGCGACCAGGAAAGGAAGGAAAGGGAGCGACUCCAGAAAGAACAGGUGGCCAAAGAGCGGGAAAGGCUUGAGAAAGAAAAGAUGGAACGGGAAAGGCAAGAAAAAGAGAGAGCGGAGAAAGAGCGCCUUGUUAAAGAGAAAGCUCGACUGGCUCAGGAGAAAGAGAGAGCGGAGAAGGAGAAGACAGCCAGCGAGAAGGAACUGCGGCUUUCCCGCGAGAAGGCCGCUCGGGACAAGAUGGAGGCGGAGCGGCUUGACGCCAGGAAAGCAAACAGCAGUCAAACCGGCGAGGAGAAAAGUCAGCGAGCCGGCGUGACGGCGGUCAGGAGGGACAAGGGUGUGGUCGCAGACAAAAUGGCUGCCAGCGGCAGGAAGAAGUAAACUCUUCUUGGACUCUUUUUGUUUUGUUUUUAUUUGGGGUUUUUUUCCAGCUCUGUCGAAUAAAAGUAGUGCUUUGCCACCAUCUUGUGGGAUACAUUGGGGCACAAUAUAAGAAAUAAACUUUUCUGGUUAUGCAAUCAAAUGGUACUACAAAAUUGUAAACCCAUCGGGAGCGAUUCCCAACACAACCAAUCAGAUGCUUUUGUUGAGGUCAUUGAUUUAUUUGUGUUGUUGUUGUUCAUAUGUGCUGUAAACUCCGCCCCCAUCUCUAUUUCUGGAAAGUAUUUUCCUCCAAUGUGACAGCAAAUGUCAAAUAAAACUUAAACUGUUGCCAUCUUCUUA